AGUUCCAAGGAGACAACCUCGUGUUUUAGGAAUAAGAAUUUGCGUUCGUUCACUACAAGUAACGGGCCACGAGGAAGGAUACCUCUCUCAUUGGGAGCAAAGCAACUAAGCAAGGAAUCCAUUUGCAAAGUAGAGCCAGUUGUUUGCUUUACAGAGUGGUGGUUCUGCUUAAACUUGAAGCAUCAGAAGCAGUCCACCCAUCUUCCUUCCUUCCUUGCUCCAUACUUCGUUAUUUUGCACCCCCACCAUCGAAUAUAAGACCAAACCGUGUCUCCUUCAUCCUUCUGAGUUCAACCUCUGAAACGAAUUCUCCUCAAUCCAUCAACAGUUCAGCAAAAAUAUUUGUUCUGACAGGAGAUGGGUUUGUGCUUCUCGAGUUCAAUGCGUGAAAUUUCAAUCUCCGAAGGACGUUGGACUCCAAAAAGUACGAGUGCUCGAGACCAAGCUCAAAACAGCAAAAAAGCUGCGACCAACAAUCCCAGAAACGAUGAAGACGUGAAGACCAAUGAUCGGAAAGGGGGCCAUCCAGUGUCGAGGGCCAUGUCCUCUACUGCUGCUGCUGCUGGAACCAUUCUGGGAAAGCCCAUGGUGAACGUUCACUCUCUGUAUAAGAUGGAGAAGGAGCUCGGAAGAGGCCAAUUUGGUGUCACCUAUCGCUGUACCGAGCUUGCCACUGGCACUCAGUACGCCUGCAAGACAAUAUCAAAGAGUAAAUUGGUCAGUAAGUCUGACAUAGAGGACAUGAAGAGGGAGGUCCUGAUCCUGCAACACCUCACGGGACAGCCUAACAUUGUGGAAUUCAAGGGAGCAUACGAGGAUAAGCAGUCUGUUCAUUUGGUGAUGGAGUUGUGUUCGGGCGGUGAGCUUUUUGAUAGGAUCAUCGCUAAGGGCAGCUAUUCAGAGAAGGAGGCAGCGAGAAUCUGCAGGCAAAUUGUGAAUGUGGUCAAUGCUUGCCAUUUCAUGGGGGUCAUUCAUAGGGACCUAAAGCCAGAGAAUUUCUUGCUGGAAAGCAAGGAUGAAAAUUCUCCCAUUAAAGCUACGGAUUUCGGGUUGUCAGUUUUCAUUGAACAAGGCAAAAUAUACACAGAAGUUGUUGGAAGUGCCUAUUAUGUGGCUCCAGAGGUACUACGUCGAAGGUACGGGAAGGAAAUUGAUAUCUGGAGUGCUGGAGUUAUACUGUACAUUCUUCUCAGUGGCGUACCUCCAUUUUGGGCUGAGACAGAGAAAGGCAUAUUUGAUGCAAUCUUAAGAGGUCAAAUUGACUUUGAGAGUGAACCAUGGCCUUCCAUAACCGACUCUGCAAAAGAUCUUAUUAGAAAGAUGUUGACGCCAGAUCCAAAGAAGCGCCACACAGCUGCCCAAGUUCUUGAACAUCCAUGGAUCAAACGAGAUGGUGUGGCUUCAGACAAACCCAUAGGCAGUGCAGUUCUAUCUAGGAUGAAGCAGUUCAGGGCAAUGAACAAGCUAAAGAAAUUGGCACUAAAGGUUAUCGCUGAAAACAUUUCAGAGGAAGAGAUCAAGGGGUUGAAGGAGAUGUUCAGAAACAUGGAUACUGAUAAUAGCGGCACUAUCACAUAUGAAGAGCUAAAAACUGGUUUGGCUAGACUAGGAUCACAACUUACUGAAGCUGAAGUGAAGCAACUGAUGGAUGCUGCUGAUGUUGAUAAAAAUGGGACCAUUGAUUAUGUUGAGUUCAUCACUGCAACCAUGCAUCGGCACAGGUUGCAAACAGAAGAAAACUUAAUUAAGGCUUUUCAAUACUUUGACAAGGAUAAUGACGGUUAUAUCACCACAGACGAGUUGUAUCAGGCUAUGAAAGGUUAUGGUAUGGGUGAUGAAAGCACUAUCAAGGAAGUUCUUGAUGAAGUGGACACAAACAAUGAUGGAGUCAUCAAUUAUGAAGAAUUUUUUGCCAUGAUGAUGAGGGGAACUCAUGAAGCCAGUGGCAUGAGGAAAAAGUUCUCUUGAAAAUCUGUAUAUGCUGUUCAAUGGGGAGUCAUCUUCACCAUAUGCGUUGGAUCAUAACAUGUGGCUGCACAUUAUAUUUGUUGAAUCAUGUUCUUAACAACACGCAUUUCAUUUGCCGAGAAAUUGCAGCUCUUGUAAUGCAGGGUAUUCUGCAGACUGGCAGCUUCACAUAAAUCUUGUUAUAUCUUCAGCCAUCACUACCAAAAUAAAGGAUUGACAUUUGAAUUUAGUAGAA